AUUCAUUUGACGUUUGUGGUGAAAAUUGAUCUAACAAUUACAAACGUACCUACAUCGUACCUAAUAAUUAUAUUUUAAUUCAGUAAUUAGUAUUACAGAUUCGUAUUUUAUUUUUUACAAUAUAAAUUUAUUAAUUUAAUUAAUGUAUUUCUUAUUAAUAUUAGUUAUAGUUUAAAAUCUAUUCCAAAAGAUUUCAAACAAUGUCCUUAAAAAAUGAUAUCAAAACAUCUGAAGCUGUUACUGGCUUGUGUCGUACAUGCUUAGCGAAGGAAAUUGAGUUGUUAUCAGUAUUCGAUAUAUAUUCAAGAAAUACUAGACUCGAUUGUAUAAUCGCUACUAUCACCGGAAUAAAGAUGAAGCAAGGUGACGGUCUGCCUACAACCAUAUGUCAUGAUUGUAAAGAGAAAGCAUUAAAGGCAUAUGACUUCAAACUUCAUGCACGACAAUCUGAAGACAAGUUAAUUGGGAUUUUAAAUAGUGGAGCUCAAGAGCUUGUUAAUGAGGAAUUUUUUACUAUUGAGAUAGAUCAAAAUAAUGUGAAAGUUGAGCAGUUUAAUGUGGACAAUGAUGAAGAUGAUAUGGAUUUGGACAUUUCACUACCUUUUGAGCGUGUUGAUGCUUCUUUUGAAAUAAAUACUGUGAUUAAAAAUGAAUCUGAAGUUAAAGGUGAAAUUGAUAAUUCAAAGCAUAACCUAAAAGCAGAGGUAUUUUUAGGAGUAGAAAGUGAGAAAAAUGUUUCAUACUGCCCAGUAUGCUGUCAAAAUUUCCCAGACGUUGAUGUGUUGACGCAGCAUGCAUGGGAGCGACACUCUGAUCUCAUGGGGCCGGCGAAACGUGGCCGUAAAAAGAAGCUCACUAGCACAAUCUUACAUAAAUUGUCAGAGAAUGGAUUGAAUUUGAAGCAGGUCAAUGAGUCACAACAUAAAUGUAUAUUUUGCAAGAAGACAUUUAAAACUAAAGAUGACUUAGUUUCACAUAUGCCAGAACAUAAAGAUGAAAGGAUAUUUAGUUGUAUGCUAUGCAAGAAGAUAUAUUUGAAGAAAAAAGAUUUUGAACACCACAAAUGUCUGCAACAACUCAAAGAUUUGGCUAAUGAAAAGGAUGGACCAACAGUUCAUCAAACGGAAGUCAGAAAACAUGAGUUGUAUACAGAAUUACGAUUGCAAGAAUUAUUGAAGAAAAACGUCAGUAAGUCUCUUGUUUCCGCAUGCGACUCGUGUGGUGGCGUUUUUGGUUCUGAAGAGGAGUUCAAUCAGCAUCGUGAUAUGGAGCAUCCCGAGCUUUCUGUUCGGUGCCAUAUUUGUGAUAAGGUCUUUGCAACGUUGAAAAAUGCGUCACGCCACCGCGCCGUUUGCGAGCGCGUCGAGCGCCAGUUCGCGUGUCCGUCGUGCGAGCUGCGGUUCACUCACGAGGUGACCCUCAACAAGCACAUACUGCGCGAGCACACGGGCCAGAGCGUGUCGCUGCAGUUCAUGGACCGCGAGCGGGACCGCGGCAACCAGAACUACACGUGCGAGACUUGCUCCAGACCCUUCACCAGAAAAGACUUACUCGAGAGACAUAUGCGAUCACAUAACACUGGAGAAAAAACCUUUGAAUGUGACAUCUGCAAGAAAAAGUUCACCAGACGUGAAAAUCUCAGGGCACACCUGCGUAUCCACGAAGGCAAGAGGUACACGGAAGGUACAGCGUCACUGUGUCUGUACUGCGGAAGGAGCUUCACGAACUCAUCUAACUACAUCGUGCAUAUGCGACGACACACCGGUGAAAAACCCUACAAGUGUGAUUUUUGUGGGAAAGGGUUUUGCCGUUCAUCGGAUUUGCAGUGCCAUCGGCGCUCGCAUACUGGUGAGAAGCCCUGGGAGUGUCGCGAGUGUGGUAAAGCGUUUUCGAGGAGCUACAAACUGACGCGUCACAUGCGCAUUCACACGGGCGUGAAGCCGUACAAGUGCACAUACUGCGAGAAGGCUUUCACGCAGAGCAACGACCUCACGGUACACGUGCGGCGACACACGGGAGACAAGCCCUACGUGUGCGAACUGUGCGGCGAUCGCUUCAUACAGGGCACUGCGUUACACGCGCACAGACGGACUCAUGGACACUACCCGCCGGCAGCAGUACCGCAGGCCGCGCCUCUUCUAUAUAACAUUCAAAAAUAGUUUAAUUUUUAAAUAAUAUGGCCCUCUGUACCACACAAUGUAUAUUAAAGCGAAACUCGAUCAAACAUAUUUAAAACGAGGGUAUUAAAAUGCGUGUCAUGUAUUGUUUUUUUAAUUAAAUGUUAUUGAAGAGAAAUUAACUAUAUCUUAUUGUGCUAAGCUUAUUACUCUUUAUUGUCAUUAAUUUAGCAACAAGUUAAUUAAAUUAUUGUUGUUGUUGGUGUAAAAUAACUAACGAUAUAUACCCUCAGUAUUAAUUUGUCUGUCGACAAACAUUCCACGAGCUUGGCUUUAUUAUAGUGUUAUUAUAGCCUUCCAUCAGGAGGCUACUGGCUGACAUAACAAAUAUUGAGGUGCCCACAGGCGUGACGUUUUAGCGUUUUAUACAAUAUAAGAAAAAGUAUUACAACUGUUCCAAAUUGAUAAUUUUUCUAUGAGGUAAAGAUAUUAGUGCUGACCCGGCACGAAAAGCCUAUGCACGCCCCUGGGCAUACAUCACAAAUACUAAACUUAUUUUGAUACGGAAAAAUAUAAACGAUUUCCUUAUAUUGAUCAACUGCUCGAUGUUGGCACGCAUUCGGAAUUUCUCGCGAUUUCUAGCAUUUGGACCUUAUAGAGAGAUCUUCCUUUUAAAUCUUUUUGUUAUAACAAAUCUCAACGCAUUUAGAUAUUAGCAGAAAACCGUGCUGCUAUUUUAAAUAUACUAUGCACAAAAAUUAAGGGAGCAGAAAAAAAAUCCAAAUUUUUGGGGGAUUUUCAACAGGCUGUAACUUAUACAAAAAUGGUCGUACAGCAAAAAAAUAAAAAGCAAAUUGUAGCUCUAAGUGUUUAGUUUUUGGAUUUGAGUUUGAAAAUUUUUUUUUGAAAAUAUUUUUCGAGUAAUCAUAAGAAAACCACCGAAAAAAAAAAUUUUCGAAAUUUUUUUGGUUUUUUUUUUAAUCUACGGACGUGGAAAAAAUUUUUUCGACUCAACCUCCAUAUGGACCGGAUAGCUUGUUUAUUCAGAUUUAAUUUCGUUUUUUUUAAAUCUCGAUACGAGCAUUUCUCGCUGAGAUAUCGAUGUUUGAAUGGAAAAAGAUCAUUUUGUCUUUGAUUACCAAUAUCUCAGCAACCAAUGAUCGCACAGAAAUUUUGAGGUUGGUUUUAAAAAUUUGAAUAAACCCUCUACAAGGAAUGGCAAUUGAAUUUUGAAAAAAAAAUUUUUUUUCAAUCAUUACAUGAAUUUGAAAAAGCAUCCAAAAAAGGGCUUUUUGUCGUUUUUUGGAAAAUCAAGCGCCCAAUCAAAAAUAUUGCGGAAACCACUGACGUUAAGUGUGCCUUUUACUGUUCAAUAUACUCACAAAAACCCUACAAAGUUUCAAUUAAAUCCAGCCAACCGUUUUUUUUUCCCACUUGAUCGAAUUUUUGAAAAAAUUAAAGGAGCAAGAAUUUCGCUCUGAAAAUGUCAUAAUUUACGCUUUUGUGCUUGCUUGGUUUUAUCAGAGAUUGAGACCCUGUGGUUCGUCACUUCCACACACACACACACACACACACAUACAUCUUCGGAGAGUGAGUUUGGAGUCACAAAAUACUGUGGAACACACACAUACACGUGCGCAAGCACAAAAGCGUAAAUUAUGACAUUUUCAGAGCGAAAUUCUUGCUCCUUUAAUUUUUUCAAAAAUUCGAUCAAGUGGGAAAAAAAAACGGUUGGCUGGAUUUAAUUGAAACUUUGUAGGGUUUUUGUGGGUAUAUUGAACAGUAAAAGGCACACUUAACGUCAGUGGUUUCCGCAAUAUUUUUGAUUGGGCGCUUGAUUUUCCAAAAAACGACAAAAAGCCCUUUUUUGGAUGCUUUUUCAAAUUCAUGUAAUGAUUGAAAAAAAUUUUUUUUUACAAAAUUCAAUUGCCAAUCCUUGUAGAGAAUUUAUUCAAGUUUUUGAAACCAACCUCAAAAUUUCUGUGCAAUCAUUGGUUGCUGAGAUAUUGGUAAUCAAAGACAAAAUGAUCUUUUUCCAUUCAAACAUCGAUAUCUCAGCGAGAAAUGCUCGUAUCGAGAUUUAAAAAAAACGAAAUUAAAUCUGAAUAAACAAGCUAUCCGGUCCAUAUGGAGGUUGAGUUGAAAAAAUUUUUUCCACGUCCGUAGAUUAAAAAAAAAACCAAAAAAAAUUCUAAAAUUUUUUUUUCGGUGGUUUUCUUAUGAUUACUCGAAAAAUAUUUUCAAAAAAAAAUUUUCAAACUCAGAUCCAAAAACUAAACACUUAGAGCUACAAUUUGCUUUUUAUUUUUUUGCUGUACGACCAUUUUUGUAUAAGUUACAGCCUGUUGAAAAUCCCCCAAAAAUUUGGAUUUUUUUUCUGCUCCCUUAAUUUUUGUGCAUAGUAUAUUAGUAAAUUGUAUAUAACUUGAUUUUCUUUAAUAUUCUUCCGUAUAUGAUAAAAAUGUUAAUUACCAGAAAAAGAGCACUUGUAAAUAAUGGACAGCAACUGUAAAAUGGUAUUUAUUAAAAAAAAAACCGAUAAUUGUGUUGUAUUGUAUAUUAUUAAGUAAAAUUAUUAUUGUCGUCGUGAAUAAAAAGAUACUCUUAAUUA